UUCCUAUCGAGGGCAGGAACUUUUCACCUUCGAUGUUGACUAAACGACAGCACUUUUCCUUUAGAGACGCGUCUUGUGCCUUAUGAAAUGACGUGACGCCUUCACAAUCCAUCGUGCAAGGUAAUGUCAUAUAAAAUCCCUAAAGACCCGAAAAACGUCUCGUUUUCGUUCUGUUCUCCCUUUGUUUGAUCGGAGAAAACACGUGCACACGUGGUGUUGAUGACAGAAAAGUAUGGCCCGUGAUCUAUUUUGUUAUCAUCAAGGUCAAAGAAGAGCAAUGUAAAAACAUGGCUGCGCUUCCUUUUCACUGCACCGAAGACUACAGCCGUAGGAUCUGGAGAAGAUAAUAUAAACCUGCUUGUUUUCUGAUUUGAAAAGUUCUGACUGUGGAGCAGUGGUCAUGCUGGCAGACACAGACCAAACUGUGCCACAUUUUGAGAACCCUCCCCCUCCUGAGGUCAUGAAUGCCAACAAGUCAGGCCGGAGGACCAACCAGCUUCAUUUCAUGCAGAAUGUAGUGGUCAAGGCUGUGUGGAGGCACCAUUUUGCCUGGCCUUUUUAUCAUCCUGUUGAUGCUGUGGCUCUUCAACUACCAGAUUAUCAUACCGUAAUAACCAAUCCCAUGGAUUUGGGGACCAUCAAGCAACGGCUCGAGAACAACUACUAUUGGAGUGCCAGUGAAUGUUUGCAAGACUUCAAUACCAUGUUCACCAACUGCUACAUUUACAACAAGCCUACAGAUGAUAUUGUGCUGAUGGCACUGGCAUUGGAAAAGACUUAUUUGCAAAAAGUCUCUCAGAUGCCCCAGAAGGAAGUGGAGCUCUUGCCUCAUGCAGCCAAAGGGAAAGGCAAAAAUACACUUCCAGGUGGGAAGGGUUCACCCACAUUUCUUUCAGAUAUGACCCCUCAGCUGAAGCCCUUUGGUGCCAGCUCACCUUCCACCUUUCACCUUCCUGCAGAGCAGCCACAUGCCAACACCAAGAUGGGCCUUAAGAGGAAGAACAGCACCGUCACCGACACAACCGGGCUGAAUAAGUCACCUGAAAGCAAGAAAAGAUACAACAACCUCGGUGGGGCCAAGCAUCUUUCUACCAUCAAUGUCGAUGGAAAAGAAUCAGUGUCACAAGGAGCUGAGACAUUCCAGCUGAGUAAACCGCUCAAGUACUGCGAGGACAUCUUGCAGGAAAUGCUCUCAAAGAAGCACGUAGCGUACGCGUGGCCCUUCUACAAGCCUGUGGAUGCUAAAGCUUUGAAACUGCACGAUUAUCAUGAUAUCAUCAAAUACCCCAUGGAUCUCAGUACUGUCAAGACAAAAAUGGACAGACGAGAGUACCAGGAUGCGCAAAGAUUCGCUGCAGACGUCAGAUUAAUUUUCUCCAACUGCUACAAAUAUAACCCCCCAGACCAUGCUGUAGUCGCCCAGGCCAAGAAACUUCAGAGUUUGUUUGAGAAGAGGUUUGCAAAGAUUCCAGACGAGCCUGUCUUGGUGACUCCAACGGGGGGCUCCAGCCUGACUCUUGGUGGGUUGAGUGCCAGAGGCUCAUCCAUUUUGGACAAAACUGACCCCCAAUUUGCAGAGUUGCAAAAACAGACACAGUGUACAGGGGCUCAACAGCAGUUUGCUACAUUGUCUGAAACCCCUCCAAAUAAAAUGAAGAAAAACCUGACAGAAAAGGAAAAAGACAGCAGGCUAAGUAGAGGCAGCACUGAAUGCGGUCAGACUGUCAGCUCUAGUCAGUCAAAUAACAACUGUGAUGAGGAAUCCCUGCAAAUGACAUACGACGAGAAGCACCAACUGAGCCUCGACAUCAACAGACUGUCCAGCAUAAAGCUAGGUGGCGUGGUGCACAUCAUUCAGACACGAGAGCCAUCUAUGUGUGACACCAAUCCAGAAGAGCUUGAGAUCGACUUUGAGAUACUGAAACCAUCCACUCUGCGUAAACUGCAGCAGUAUGUCCGGUCUUGUCUAUGCAAGAAGUUCAAGAGAUUUCAAAAGAAGAGUCCAGCUGAGUCUCAUCAGAUAGAAAGUAGCACCUCAGAUUCUGAUGUCAGCAGUUCUGAAGGCUCCAGUUCAGAAAACAAUGACUCGUGUUUUGUAUUUCGUACUCCCUCUCCAGAUUUUACUGUCUAAAUAAUAAAAACAUGUACAGUGUAUAUAUAGCUAUUUUUUUGUAAUAAACCCACUUUCUCCA